AGUGCAAUGGCGAUAUUGGACAAUAACAGCCACCGCUUUUCGGUACCAUAUUUAUUAUGUCGUUAACGCCACAGAAAACACAUACAUUCCGCAUCAGAAUUGCAUGUCAAAUCUGUAGAUUUCACGCGCGUGGGGCUAAGACGAGAGGGAGUAUUUUACCAUAUCUGCAAGCGAUGACAGUUAAACGCUGACCCUGUUGUGACUUGUGAAGAGGCACCAUGGCAACACAGGAACCCUCCCCACCCUCGUCGAUGGAGAGCAACAAACCUGGAUUCCCCAAGAAGAUCCUUGCCAACAAGCUGGAGGACAAGCACCUGUGUAACUGCUGUCACCACUUACUGAGGAGACCGUUUCAGGCCCAGUGUGGUCAUCGCUUCUGUUCCUACUGUUUCAACAGGACAGUAAGCAAUGGACCUCAGAAAUGUAACGCUUGUAUCAAAGAGGAGAUUUUCGAAGAGCCAACGUCGAUCUUAAAGCAAGGCUGUGCUUUUCCUGAUAAUGCAGCUCGGAGAGAGGUUGAAAAUCUUUCUGCCGUCUGUAUUAAUGAAGGCUGUACUUGGAAAGGCAACAUUAAAGAGUAUGAGCUGAACCAUGAAGGGAAAUGCGAGUUCAUGAUCAUCCCCUGCCCUUCCUGCAAAGAACGGCUUCGCUUCAACGAGCAAGAACGGCACAAUGAGCGCGAGUGCCCUGAGAGAACGCUCAACUGCAAGUACUGCAAGGAACCGUUCCACUUCAAAAACAUCAAGGCCCACGAUGAGAUCUGUCCUAAGUACCCAAUGAUCUGCGAAGGCUGUGCCAAGAAAAAAAUCCCCAGGGAAAAGUAUGUAGACCACAUCAAGUUCUGCAGCAAGUUUAGAACUCCGUGCCGGUUCCAUGUUGUCGGGUGUGAUAUGUCAGUUGAGAAGGAAAAGAUCCACGACCACGAACGAGCCUGUGCCUACGAGCACCUCAACCUGCUUCUGCACUACAUCAUGGGCAUGAAAGUGAGCAUGGAGGGCCUGCAGCCCCAGGGCCUGGAGCUGGCUGGACACAAGCUGCUGGAGCUCCACCAGUCCCUCAGGGAGCUCGAGGCCCGAGUCUCCCAUCUCAGCACCACCUCCUCUGGGCCUCCCGUGCAGGGGGCUGCCUCCUCCUCCUCCGGUUCCUCCAGCUUCGGUCCUCCUGGUCCCUCUGCCCCAGCUCCCCUGCCUCCCAUGCCCGCCCCGGCCCCCACCCUGUCGGUGUCCACCUCCUUCACCCCCCUGCCCAGCUCUGUGGGAGCGGCCCUGGAGCUCCAGCUGCACAGCGAGAAGACAAAGGUGGCCGAGCUGGGCCGCAGGUGCACAGACCUGGAGGUGAAAGCAGGCACGUUUGAGAAUGUGGUGUGCGUGCUGAACAGAGAGGUGGAGAGGUUCGCCACAACUACGGAGGCCAGUAAUCGCCAGCACCGGUUGGACCAGGAUAAGAUCGAGGUUCUGAGUAACAAGGUCCGACAGUUGGAGAGGACAGUAGGGCUGAAGGACCUGACCGUAGCAGAGAUGGAAGGCCGGCUGAGGGAGAUGUCGGCCUCCACCUUUGACGGAGUCUUUGUCUGGAGGAUCUCUGACUUCACCAAGAAGAGGCAGGACGCCACAGCUGGCAGAGCUCCAGCCAUGUUCUCUCCAGCCUUCUACACCAGCAAGUACGGUUAUAAGAUGUGUCUUCGGAUCUACCUGAAUGGGGACGGGACUGGGCGUGGCAGCCACCUGUCCCUGUUCUUCGUGGUGAUGAGGGGACUGAACGAUGCCCUGCUGAAAUGGCCCUUCAAUCAGAAGGUGACUCUCAUGCUGCUGGACCAGAGUAACAGGGAGCACAUCAUCGAUGCGUUCCGGCCUGACAUCACUUCCUCUUCCUUCCAGAGGCCCGUGAGUGAGAUGAACAUCGCCAGCGGCUGCCCGCUCUUCUGCCCGCUCUCCAAGCUCGACGCCAAGAACUCCUACAUCCGCGACGACACCAUUUUCAUCAAGGCCAUCGUUGACCUCACGGGCCUCUAGAUGCCCACAGUUAGCACUGCAACCAUUCAGGCUCCAUUUUGGCUCCACGCGAGCUCCAUUAGGGCUCCAUCUGGGCUUCUUUCAGUCCCCUGCAGGUGUGGGGAGACAGACAUGCCUUCUACUGUGUGCUGCAUGCCUCUCCAGUGGGGUCUCCGUCCUGGAGGCCCUGAUAGGAGGUGUUAACUGGUGGUCGCUGGCUGCAGAGAAGCUCUGGUGCCUGAUAUUGUUUGGGUGCGAUGAUUUCUUUGGUUUCUUGAUGUCACAACACUGGUUCUUCAUGGUGCUUAAACCCCACUCUAGCUCAGCAUUUCUACCCAUGGAAAAAGGUUGAGAAACAGACACCUGAGUACUGCAUGUCGACUCAGUGUUUAAUAGAGUGGAACGUAGGGUGCUGAGUCAAACAGUCAUACAGGAGUGCUGUUAGCAGAGAUAGAUUUGGUCGUGUGGUUUUUAUGUCGGUGUAGGAUACCGACUCGCUGCUUACGUUAGAGGUAGAAGCUUGAUGCAGGGUAUUUACAUUUUCUUGCUAAUUUUGAUCGUGGAUAUUGUGAGCUUCUAAAACCCAUUGUUGAGUAAAUUUGCAUAGACAAACGUGGAGUUAUGUUACGAAUACGACUACGGGGCAUUCGUUUGCCUUUUUCGCGCAAAGUGCAUGCGGCUAUAGUUAAUUGGCUUUUUUUCGUGUCAGGUGCGCUUUUCUUUCCUUGAACCUAGCUUGUUGUUCAACUUGUUUGUGAGGUGGGCCCAUCCGUAAUGGUGGACAUUGCCUGCAUGUCUUUAAUCCAGGAAUACAUAAUAAUAAAGUUAAGUGUUGCAUUUGUGUUUCCCUCUUAAGGGGUGCAGGAUUGCGAUUGGUGGUUCGGGACAUCUGUGGAAGAUACUGUGGAGUUAUCAGGGUGUCAUGGCAACGUGCCAAUCAAGCCUGAGACAUAGGUUGUGUGUUUUGGUCUCUUUGACAGAUACACAAUUGCUGGAGGUUUUGCUCGGCACAUGCUCAGUAGCUUACAUCUCACUACACAUAAGUACUGUGCCCCCACCACAGAUCGAAGUGAUACAGGUUCUGUGAACUGAGGGAAUGGAAUGAUCUGUUCCUGGUUUUCUGUCCACAUACAACACAGUUCAUGCAUAAUAUGUCUCUGUGGCUCUCUGAUAUGAUACCGAUGUGAAUCGAAUACAUGUUGAUGUUGAUGCAAAAAUAUCAUAUUUAUAUUAUUUUGUUUAAAGAGGCUGAAAGACAAAUUAUUGAAUAUAGCUAAAGUAUUGUGUUUUACCUUUCUUUAAAUUGGCCACAGGUCAUUGGUGAUUUGCUUAUUGCAUAUUUGUUGUAUACCCAGAUGCCCCACAUUUUCUAAAAUCUCCAUAUUCUGGGGUUGGGCGAAACUUCUGACACAAAUUCAUUGUAUUCUAUGAAGCACCAAUCGUGCUGGUCAAAACGCUACGACUCUGCCAGUUCCAUGACUUGGAUUGCGUCUGUGGUUCCUGUCUGUUUCCACUAGGGGGCGCUGUUUAGCUGAGCCUGCUGCGCUCAUGCAGGCUUCCACUAGGGGGCGCUGUUUAGCCUCAAGCAGGCUUCCACCGGCCUGUUUUAGACCCUGUCUCGACCUGUAUUGAAACCUCUCUGUGCAUGGGAGGCUUCAAUUCAUAUUCAGUAUUGCGGUUCAUGAUUGGUUUACCUUAUAGACUAAUGGUGAAUGCAUUUAUUUGUAUUUGUUUGGAAGAAUGUAAAUAUGAUAGUAUAUUUAUUAUUAUGUUAUAUCUAGCAUCGCCGCUGUUCAACAGGGGCAUUUGCUUAUAUAUUCCUUGCAGUUUAUAAAUAUGUAUAUUUAAUAUCAUAAUAUUGGAAUAUUCAAUAUCUUGAUGUUAAUAUACACUAAUUGUUAUUAAUACAAAUAGUAUUGUUAAAUAUCAUAGUAAUUAUAUACCUAUAUAUCUACUUUGUGUUUGUCAAGAUGGUUUAAAACAGGUCAGGACAGUCACUUAUAAAACAAAACAAUUAUUGCCAAAUGCAACAGACAGAUGUUAUCUUGAGAUCAGAGCUCUGCUAGACUUUUAUAUUAUACCUCAUUUUACAGAGUUCAUUCCUAUAAGCCCAUGGGAUUCAUUGUAAUUUUGUUUACAUUACUCAAAAUGACCAGCAAGGUUUAUGACAGAAGAACAGUGACCUAGUUAUGGGUACUGUUAAGACUGGGUGUCAGCCUAUUUCAUUAUUUGAGGAUUGAAGAUUAGUUUGGUCUUGUAAAGUUGAUCAACAUUUUCAUAUACUAAAUUCAUCUUGUACACAUAGUUUGUUUGCUUCAAAUGGAAAAAUUAUAAUAAAGUAAUGUAUAGUUCACAUACAAUAGUAGGUUAUGACACCAUCUUUUCCUUACAUAUAUAUUCUUGUAAUGUGCCAAAAGUAAAUUUUACCUCUGUAUACUGAAAAGGGGGUAUUACAAGUUAUGAUUGCUUUCUAUGCUGAAAUAUGGUGCCAAAUAUACUUACUCUUCUAAUUUAUGGUAUACAUAUAGUAGUAGCUUGAUCCCAAUAUGAUGCAUGUUUCACUUUUGUAAGCAUCUAUACUGGGAAAUAAGAGAUGUAUACCCUCAACAAAGGUUCCUCUGAUAAUAUACCUUACUGUGGGUUUUUGAAUGUAAGCUUUAAUGCAGUUGUUUCUCUGAGAGAGCGUAUAACAGUUCUUUAUAAAAGUUGUGAUGCAGUCAAGUUGAACAAACUUGGGCACUUUGUAUGAUUUAAAUGUCGAACAGGGUACUUUGUUUAGUCAUUUGUAUACAGUGAACUUAGAGCCAUAUACAGUUUUGAUCAUCAUGAGUGUGUACUCCGUAACAUGAUAUGCAGUAUGUAAUAAAUGCAUUGAUGGAUUUGUGAUUUUA